AUGAAUACUGUCGAAUAUAUUAAAAGUGAAGUAGGGGGUGAAAAAGUUGAGGAGGCGUGGUAUCCAUUGAAUGUGGAAGAACUUGAUUUAUUUUUUGGGAAGGAAGAGGGUGACGUGAGCGAAAAUGAAGUUAGAGAAUCUAGGGAAGUUGAAGAAUUAGCAAAAAUUACCGGUGAGUCAAGUUUUUCAUCAAAGUUCAAAUAUAAGGGACAAGAAGAAAAACAUCAGGCUCAUGAUUUCACCAAUGGGACAGAACAUACUUAG